CUUUGCGCUCCUCCCCCUGGACCCACAACCCACGGCAUCGGGCAUUCUUCUCGCCAUCCUAGCGCAGUGCCUGCAGUGGCUUUGGCCGAAUAGGGUCUUGCUGUGGCGUCCAUUCAUUCCUGGCUUUGCACGACAGUGGCUCCCUGCUUUGACUCGGCAAUAGAGAGGGGGAGUACAAGUAACCCAGCCCUCUUCGCUCGCGCGAACGGAGACCGCUCGCAAUACUGACGCUGCACAACCUGCUCGCCGCAGAGGCACCCCCGCGCGCCGAGGCGCCUCCCCGCCGCCGUCCUUCGUUCUUCUCGCUCUCUGCUCUUUUCUUUCCCCUUCACCAGUUUUCUACGUGUCAGCCAUGCAAGUUCAACGCCGUACCUCACAAACUUUCCAACGCCUUCGCAAGCUCUCGGACUCGCUCGUCUCCGCCAUCGUUCCCAACCCCUCCAGAAAGUCCGCAGGACAAGACUCCUUCCUCAACUAUGACCAGGACAAGAAGGGCUGGACCGCCUCCUUCUCCUCCGGGUCCGCCCGCGCCCACGCCCCCAUCCACCGCCGCCCCUCGUUCCGCAACGGCCAGCACGUCUCGAAGGAGGACAUCCGGUACCCGCUCCUCGAGCCCUCGCUCGAGCAGCUGCAACUCGACCGCCAGCGCAGCGCCGAUGCCCUCAGCGCGCGCGCCAGAUCAAAGCGCCCCGAACGCCCUCGCGAGGAGGACCUGCCGUAUGGCGCCCCAGGGAGCAUCCCUAAGGCUCUCGCGCCGCCCUACGUCGCCCCAGCUCCGGCUGUGGGGGCGCGGCGUCCGCACAAGACGCGCGCUCACGCAGAGGAGGCGCGGAGCAGCGUGCCGUUCCCGCACCCGGGGAGCGGCGCGCGAGAACGGGAACGCGCGGGGGAGGUAGGCAGGAUGCAGCGCGAGAAGCCCCUCCCGGAGCCCCCAAGGGAGGCGCGGGCAGGCGGGCGUGCACAGCAGCCACCCGCUCCCAGGCCAGCCCCAGCCCGAGACACGUUCCUCAACCUCUUCGCGUCCGCGUCGGUCCCUGCGAGCAAGCAGGCCCCAACGGCGCGCGCCCCCGCCGUCGCUCGCGAGGUGUACGAUCCCGCUCUGCCGCGGCCCUACCCGUACGCCGUGGCGCAGCCCGUCACUCCUCAGCCUUACACCCGCGUCCGCCGCAUCUCCUCCACUGGGGACGUCCACCCGCCCCCGCACCACUCGCGUCCCCGGGAUGAGAACGCGCCUCCCCGCGACCGCGAGCGUGAGCGGCGGCACCCCGAUCUGCGCCCGAGCCGGUCCACGCCCCUGCGCUUGCAGGAGAACCGCGGUCGCGAGCGCGAGCCCGUCCCACUACCUCCGCCCCCAGCCCCGGUAUAUCCGUACCCUGUGAGCCCGCAGCGGGCACUGGUGCACGUGGAGAAACCACGCCCGCGCAACGUCCCGCGCGAUGUCUCGCCCGAGUACAACCCACAACGUCUCCCGACCCCACGCCGCUCGCGCGAGGAGCUGCGUUCCCACUACGAAGCCCACCAUCAGCAGAGCGUAGCAGCGCAGGUCCAGGCGGGACUGCGCGUGCAGCAGACCGCGGCACCGCGGCCCGUGCGCGUGGACGCCGCGCAGGAGCAUGCGCGCCCCAUGGCGGCACAAAUGGUGCGGCCUGGGCGGGACGCCGAGCGCGAGCGCGAACGGGAGCGCAGGGCCGAGCGCGAGCGUGAACGCGAGGCGCGCCACCUCGCCCGCGCGCAGGACAAGGAACGCAGGCGCAUGCUGCGGCCGACGCACACGCGCGCGAUCGAGGUCGAGUACUACGGCAUGUCCGACGCGUUCUCGCAGGAGAUCACGGUCGCGCUCGCGGACCCUGACCGCGCGUACGCGCUCCCGGCGGACUGGCGCGUGGGCCCGGCGGUGCCGUCGGGCGGUGCGUAUGGCACGGUGCGCCCGCUGGUGACGAAGAAGAGCCGGCAGAUGGCGGGCGCGAUGUAGGAUGUGAGUACUUGAGUGCUUGUUCGUCGUUGUCCAUGCACCAUGCGCUAUGCUCUCUCGUAUGUGCUCGAGCCUGACGCUAUGCUGGUCCUUGUUUGCUGUUUCGUUCUCCCCUGGUUAUGAUGCAUGUGCAUGCGCUCACAUUCAUUAUCUGUCACUUCGUGUCCCUGAUGUAUCCAUCCCAUACAUUAUCCCCUCGACCGGCGGUUAUAUUGUGUUUUGUACACGCCCUACGUCGACGUCCCCACCGUUGUAUCCCUAGACCUUCGUAGACCCUCCUCCUGCCCUACGCAGCACACUCUCCUUGUCCACAUACUGCCCGUCUUGUAUCCGUAUAGUGUAUUUGUUAC